UUGACUCACUGGGUUCUGUCUGAACUGAAACUGGUCAGAGAAAGUAGAUCCUGACAUUCUUGACAAAUCGUCUGGUUUUCCAUUCAUCCCACGCUGCACCAUGGAUAAAAAUAAAAAGAUUUUCCCUCAUCAACAUUUGAAGCUGGAAGACCUAAAAAUGCAACCUGGAGUUCCAGACAAUUACCUGGGCAAACCAAACAUACCAAAUUAUCCUAAACCAGAGUUCCAUGUGAGUCGUCUGAAACAUGAAACUUCAGGAUCAGGGCUAAUAUGGUGGAGUCUGGCUGUGGGACCAGAUGAGAUCAAUGACGCAGAGAACAGGCUCCGGGAGAACAGUUCCUCAGAGCGGGGGAUGGUGGCUCAUGAGCAGCAAAACUUCCUGUGGAAGUUUGCCACGUCUCCAGCCUUCAAGGAGACGUCCCGGCUGGGCUCCUUCCGCUUCACCUUCCCCCUGCAGGAGGUGCUGGAGGCCUACAAAGAGCAGAUUUGUUCUGGAGCUGAUCCGGUCUUCCGGGUUUUACGGACUGAUCUGCAUCUACAGGAAGUGGUGUAUGUUGUUCUGGUUCACAGUCCAGACUUAAAUGGGAAGUUUUCAGAAUAUCCUCGACUGAAAGACGACCCGAACGCCAUCUGUGUCUACAGAGAUGGACGUUUUAUCUGGAGGUCAGAGGCCAUGUGUGAUAAUCACCGGUAUGAAUUUGAUGAAGUGCAGAUGGAAGCCAGACGUGAGGAGAGUUACCAGUUUUAUGUUUGGGACAAUGUUGCUUGGCCCUGCAUGUGGAGGAUCAACAGGUGCCCUCACAGACUAACCUGCUAG